AGUUUGAAAAUGGCCGUCAAAGCUAGCAUGUGUUUCGGAAUUUUCAUCACGUUACAAUAAAUAUUCCUCACUUCUAUUGUAGUUCAUUUUUUUUGUUUAGAUUUCGCAUUUUUUUCUUCGCAUCAUAAAUACGUAUACCUAAUAGAACGCAAAUAUUGCACAGUGUUUGAUUUUAUGCAUCUGCCGUAUAAAAUCGUUUUGUUUUCAAGUGGCAAAUAUAUUUUAUUUUUGAGAGUGAAUUUGGACGCUUGGUUCCUUAAAACAGUUCAAUAAGUUAACUGCGCAAAACUAUUGAAUUAUUGUGCAAUUAACAGCACAAAACACAUGUAAAACCGUAACCAUCUGCUGAACGACCAGAGCUUCAAACAUCAUGUAUUCCUGAAACCAAUUUAAAUAUCUCGUCGAUAUAAAUUGUAAGCGGUUUUAUCCUAAACCAUCUACUAAACAGUUUCUAUACAUUGAAAUGAAUCAUUUAUAGAAAAAAAAUUGUGAAAAAAAGUUAAACACUCUCAAUUACACAAGAUUAGUGAAAAAAUCGAACGAUUAUAUAUCAUUUAAAAGAGAUUUUUUCAAAAAGUGUUAUUUUUUGAACCAAAAAGAAAGUAAUUGUAUAAACGACCUGAGCUUCAAAUACUAUCUAUCUUUAAAACACAUUUGAAUAUUUCGUCGACAGAAACAUAGAGCAGCUCUUAUCCAAGCUUAAACUAUCAAAUAAACAGUGAAAUGAAACAUUUAUAGAACAAAAGAAUUGCGAAAAAGAAAUUAUUUAAAUUAUCUUGAUUACGCAAAAAAUCAGUGAAUAAAAAAUUGAAAGAUUAAUUAUCAUUUAAAAAGGGAUCUUUUUUACAAAAAAGUGAUGUUGUCUUGAACAGAAAAGAAAGUAAUUGCAUUACUAUCAGUUCGCUGUGAAGAGGUUAUAUCAAAAGAGCGAAAAAAAGUGUAUUCGAUUUCAUUUGAAUUGUAAAUAAAAUUCAUUUAAAAAUCCCCCUUGUGAUAGCUGAAAUCAGUUGACCACAAAAAAGCAGAGUGGAAUAAAAAUAAAAGCCGCACGAGACAACAAAGGAAGUGAUAAAAAAAACCAACCACAGAAUAAAAUAAACAUGGAAAGUUCACAUACAUCGAAUUCGAAUGUCGCAACAAAUACGGCAGCCGAUAAGCCUGAUGAGCUGGUAUCGUCAGGCGAUAUUCGUCAAUUGAAUCCGAGUCAAGGUCAACAUGGCGAACCAGUUGUCCAGGCUGUUCAGCAACAGAUCCAACAACAACAAAAGAAAUGCCUUCACCAUCGCAUUUUCGACGCAAACACCGGAAACAUUGUAAAUGAACGUGUUGCAGCGCUCACUAAUGCAUUGCUCCAGCAAGUAAAUCAACAAAAUCUAACACAAACACCGCAAUUGAUUCAAAGACCAUUUCCAAUGCAACAAUCCAUGCAACAACAACAGCUGCAGCAGCAACAACAACAACAGCAAUCGCACAUCAUUCGACCACAGCAAAUACAAUCUUAUCAACAAUAUCCAUUACAACAGCUGCCCGCUUCGAUUGCAAUCAACAAUUCUUUGAUGCAAGCAAAUAAUGGCACGCAUUUUACGGUUGGCGUUAAUAACUCGGUGGGAAAUGCCACAACAUCUAGCACAAAUGGAUCACUCAUCCACAAUCAAAAUGGACUUGUGCAACAAAUGAACGCAGCUCUAUUGGCCGAACGAUAUCUACUAUUGGAUUUGGUCGAAGGAAGUACACUGUACAAAUGUAUUGAUGUGAAAACACACGAGGAGCUCGUUUGCAAGGUUGCCAAUAAUCCGUGCACAAAUCUAUUGUCGGCUCAUUUUCGAUUAGAUGGACAUCCGCACGUUAAUCCAUUACACAAAGUGAUUCAAGGUUCCACCCAAACAUAUUUGUUUUUCACUCCGUCACAGGGCGAUCUCCAUUCAUAUGUGCGUGUGCGCAAGCGUUUGCGAGAGCCAGAGGCAAAACGUCUAUUUCGUCAGAUGUGUGAGGUUGUGAAAAGUUGUCAUGAACAAGGCAUUGUGUUACGAGAUCUCAAACUCAGGAAAUUUGUCUUUGCCGACGCUGAAAGAACACACCUUCGAUUAGAGUCGCUUGAAGAUGCUGUCGUUUUGGAUAAUCCGAAUGAGGAUUUGCUACAAGAUAAACGAGGUUGCCCUGCGUAUGUUUCACCGGAGAUUCUCAAAGCCAACACAAUGUAUUCCGGUAAAGCAGCUGAUAUGUGGUCGCUUGGCGUUAUUCUGUAUACCAUGGUUGUCGGACGAUAUCCGUUCAAUGACUCAGAACACGCAUCGUUGUUUGCAAAAAUAUCACGUGGCCAAUAUCUAGUGCCCGACUGUUUGACCUCAAAAGCAAGAUGUGUGAUUCGUUCGCUAUUGCGCAAAGAUCCGGAAGAGCGAAUUUUAUCGGAAGAUAUCUUGUUGCACCCUUGGAUGACAGCCGAUGAAAAUCGUGACUAUAGUAAAUCGUCCAGUGACCAAUUGGUGCCAGACAUCUUUGUGGAUAAGGACGAUGUCUAGAGACAUCAGCUCAAGCACCCACACAACAACACCGAUAAUUUUUAUUAUAGAGUCAACCACAAGCAAAUAGUUCACACCAAAAUGGGAAACAAGAUCACCGUUACAAUUUAAUCCAAUUUAUUCUAUAUAAAUUAGCUUUUCUUUAAUCGACCGAUAUGUAUUUAUUUUUGUUCACUACAUUUGCCCAAGCGAAUUGUAUAUUUGUUUCGUUCACGAUUUAAAUUAAAACGAAUGGUCUUUUUAUUUUUUUCCAAUUUUUUUUGGGUCAAAUUGUUUGAGAGCACACACACACAAACUAGAAAAUCGAAAAUGUGAUCUCGAAGUCGAAUUAUAGAUUUUAUCCGAAGUCGAAUUAGAUGAUUCGAAAACAAUUUGUAUAUAUUUAUGCUAUACUUGACACAUUAAGUAGACUGAACAGGUUUCAUAUAUGUAUGUAUAUGUAUGAAUUUAGUUAGAACUAAAAUAAGAAUGGCGUAAUAUCCGGCCGAGUUAAAAUGGUCCAAUCAAACUAUCAGAUGUUAAUACUAUGCAUAAAUCAUAUUUCUAUGUAAAAAGAUGUUUAUUUUUUCCUAAUAGAAAUUAUUUUUUACACCAUA